AUGGAGCAGGAUGUCGAGAGCACCGUCACGGUCCGACAGCCCAAGCUGCCCAAGCAGACGUGGGACGACGUCCCCAAACCGCUCCAGGACAGGGAGCGCACCAAGCAGAAGAUCCAGCGCUACGUCCGCAAAGACGGCAAGUGCAACGUGCAUCACGGAAACGUGCGGGAGACCUACCGCUACCUGACGGACAUCUUCACCACGCUGGUCGACCUCAAGUGGAGGUUCAACCUGUUCAUCUUCGUGUUGGUUUACACCGUGACGUGGCUGUUCUUCGGCUUCAUGUGGUGGCUGAUCGCUUACAUACGAGGAGAUCUGGAGCACAUAGGAGACAACCAGUGGACUCCUUGCGUCAACAACCUCAACAGCUUCGUGACCGCGUUCUUAUUCUCGAUAGAGACGGAGACGACCAUCGGCUACGGCCACAGGGUGAUCACUGACAAGUGCCCCGAGGGCAUCGUGCUGCUGCUGGUGCAGUCGGUGCUGGGCUCCAUCGUCAACGCCUUCAUGGUGGGCUGCAUGUUCGUGAAGAUCUCGCAGCCCAAGAAGCGCGCCGAGACUCUGGUGUUCUCCACCAAUGCCGUCAUCUCCAUCCGCGACGGCCGGCUUUGUCUGAUGUUUCGCGUCGGAGACCUGCGGAACUCGCACAUCGUGGAAGCAUCCAUUAGAGCCAAACUGAUCAAGUCCAAACAGACCAAGGAGGGAGAGUUCAUCCCUCUCAAUCAGACGGACAUGAAUGUGGGCUACGACACCGGAGACGACCGGCUCUUCCUGGUGUCU